AUGGUCGGGGUGCCCAGUCGAUUUGCCGGAUGUGCGACGUGUCGCAGGAGGAAGAGAGGCUGCGACCGCAAGACCCCUUUCUGUACCCAGUGUGUCCAAGCUCGGCUCGUCUGCGAGGGAUACUCUCGUAACUAUUCAGUCUGGAUCAACUCCACAGAUGGCGAGAAUUGUAAAUACACAGAGUAUACCGGCAGCGUACAAUCGCGUAGACGCAGGGCUCCAGAAAUUACUCUACACCAAUCGCUGGCGGGAACUGCGCGAGAGGUAAUGUACGUUGGUCUUUAUCUCUCGGCGUUUCUACCGAACGGUCGCCUUUUCUCCAAGGAGGCAGCGCAGAUAUCCUCUGCCGGGUGGUUACGACAUCUAGACAAAUUAUGUCAGUCUGAGAAGACUCUUCGCUUCGUCACCCUUGCUCACGGGCUUUCAAUGCUUGCUACGAGAGACAAUGACAGCCAGCUGAAGCUCAAGGGUGUCCAGGCACACAGCAUGGCGCUGCAGGAAAUGCGCACUGCCCUGCGGGAUCCACAAAGGGUCACCAGCGAUGGGAUUUUGGCCGCUAUUCGGCUGUUCCGUUUUCAUGAAGUAAGCUGUGCUUCCCAUGAAACCGGUCAAGUCACUCAUUCUUCUCAGAUUCUCUAUGGCGCCGAAUCCAGUGGUUCACAUAAAGAAAGCCCAAUUCUCCAAAUCAGGGGCUACUACGCCCAUACUGAAGGUGAAAUGGCCUUGUUUAUGAACAGGGGCCCGCAGAGGGAAUGGAGCGAAGCAGGAAUGUACUUACUUGUAAGCGGUCGGAUUGUGUCAGUAGGGGUGGGACGAAGAAAGCGUUCGCCCUUCAGCGACAGAGACUGGAUGUCAGCACCCUGGAAACACAGAAAAAAGUCCCUACUUGACGGCCUCAGUGACAUCCUGAUCCAAGUUCCGGCCUUAUUGGAAGAGCUGGACGCCAUUAGAGCAUGUCCCAUUGCGGAGCGCAGUCCAAAUGCCUGGGGCAACUUGCUCGGUGAAUGUAUCCGCAUUGAGCACCUGUUACUUGCCUGGAAGGAAACCAUGGGAGACCAGCUGCAGACCUUUGAUUACACCAAAUCAGGUUAUCACUCCCAAUUGCCACGGGUAGACAGGGACUUUGCACUGUUGCAUAUAAGCUGCCUCUACUGGAGCUGCUGUAUCCUCCUAUACACAACAAUUCAUAUGGCCACGAUCGAGGGGCAUCAGAGUCUAAGCGUCACAUACUUCUUGACUAUUCCCUUUUCUGCACCAGGAUACCCCAACUACCAUAAUGAGAGAAAUCCCACAUUACACGCCCACAGGAUACUUCACACAAUUCCUCUAUCCCAUGGGCCUUAUGCCGGUGGCUAUGGGGCACUGUGUUCAACGUUUCCACUAGGCAUGGCACUCCGUUAUUUUGCGGUGGCCCAUUUUCUCCCGCACGAGGGUGGCAUUCCAGGAGCGCACAAGCUUUUACACCGGUUGCUGGCACAACCUUUCAUGAAGGCGUAUACCGCACGUUUUGUUGGUCAUCUACAUAAUAUUGACGUACCGGGGCAAUCUCUAAAAGACACAGCGGGAUGGCAUGGAGUAGAACUGAAAAUGAGAAGAUGGUGGUUUGGCCCUAUGCUUGACCACAACCCGGGUGCUACAUAG